AUGGAAUCUUCUUGUAACAAACUCUCUGAUAUUGAUCUUACAAUCUACGAAGUUGCUGCGGUGCUUCGUAAUUUAGACCCCAAUAAAGCGUGUGGACCAGAUGGUAUUCCGAGCAGAAUUCUAUCCAAGGUCGCCGAUGAGAUUGCUCCUUCACUUUGUAUUCUUUUCAAUAUGUCUCUCUCUAUUGGAGUGGCACCUGCUAAGUGGAAGUUCGCCAAUAUUACCCCUGUUUUUAAAAAAGAUAAUCCCACCAUAACAUCGAACUACAGACCAAUCUCUUUGCUUUGUGUUAUCUCCAAAGUGUUGGAACGUUGCGUUUUUAAUCACUGUUAUCAUCACCUCUCCCCUUCUUUCUAUCAAUUUCAACAUGGAUUUCUCAAGGGUAAAUCAACGACAACACAACUAUUAGAAGUACACCAAGAUAUCCUGGACUCCGUAGCAUCCGGUAACGAAGUUGAUGUAAUCUAUCUUGACCUAUCAAAAGCCUUUGAUAAAGUCCCUCAGAACUUGUUAUUACUCAAACUAAAGCAUCAUGGUAUCAACGGAUCUCUUCUUUCUUGGUUUGGUAGUUACCUCACAGAUAG